CGGACCGUCGCGUCCCCGCGCCCUCCGCGCUCGGCCCUCCGCGGGCACCGCCGACAGGCCGUGCGCCCGCAGAUCCUGGCCCCGAGACGGGAGCGGCGCCCCGGCCGCCCGGGACAGUGAAGAAGGGGUGCGGGCUGCUCCGGGUCUGCUCCCAUAGUUCCCUGGAGUCCGGUAUGGUGAGCGGGUAGGGGACGCCGGGCGUGCAGGAGGCAGGGGUGUGGAUCAUGCCUCCACCAGCCAGCGCUUCUCCUGCCAUCGGAGGCCGCACCCAGCCUGCCCAUGGCCGGCACGGGCCCGUCGCUCUCCGGUGCCUUUUGCAUUCUGGGCAGGGCAGGCCAGGACAAGCUCCUGCAUCUGAAGCACAAGCUGAAGACCCUGCGCCCCGGCCGGCGGGGGGCGGACCUGCUGCACGCCAUGGUGCUCCUGACCCUGGGCCAGGAGACCGAGGCCAGGCUCUCCCUGGAGGCCCUGCAGGCGGACGCGGUGGCCCGGCUGGUGGCCCGCCAGUGGGCCGGCGUGGGCAGCAGUGCUGAGGCCACGGAGGAACCCCCCGACGUAUCCUGGGCCGUGGCCCGGCUAUACCACCUGCUCGCCGAGGAGAAGCUGUGCCCGGCCCCCAUGCGGGACGCGGCCUACCGGGCAGCCCUCCACGUUUUCAGCUCCAGGGAUGACCCCCGGCUCAGGGAGCUCCAGGAGGAGGCCCGGAACCGGUGCGGGUGGGACAUCGUGGGGGACCCGGGGGACUUCCAGCCGCUCCACUCUGCUCUGGGCUGCCUCCCGCCAUCCUCCGCCUCGCCCUCUGUGGUGCGCAGCCAUCCUCAGCCCAUCGAGGACCCCUUGGGCUGGAGCAGAGGCUGCUCCCUCCGGUCCACCGGCAGCCCGGCUUCCCUGGCCAGCAGCUUGGAAAUUAGCCAGUCGCCCACCAUGGCCCUCCUCGGCCAGCACCACAGCCCCCGUGGUCCCAGCAGGCUGUGCGAUGAGCCCCCGGAGCCCGAGCCUGUCCCCGCAGGCUUCCAGGAGCCCGAGGAGAUGAGCUGGCCCACGUCGGAGGAGAUUGCUAACACCCUCGUGCCCUCCGAUAGCCCAGCCCCCGGGCUGCCUGAGGAGGCCUUAGAUGCAAGCCCCGCUGGCCCGUCCAACGCCGCUGAGGCUCCAGGCACCAGCACCCACUACCCAGUGGAAUGUACGGAAGUGACACCGGCCCCCACCUCUCUCCCCUCGCCCUGCAGAAACACCGGCCCCGCCGAGGACCAGGUGCCACUACAAUUUCCCGUGGAAGAUACUCCUUCCCCACCAGCCCAGCCGUGCCCACCCACCUCCUCUGCCCCUGAGACCUCCCCGCCCAACCCUUCCCUAUCGGCUCCUCGCUCAGCUCACCCCGCCUCCUCCUCCUCGAGCCCGUGUCCCCCUUCUCCCGAGUUCGAGCCGUCAGAGCAGCAGUUCUUUAACUUCGUGGUCCUGCACGCCAAGGCGGAUGAGCACAUUGCCCUGCGUGUCCGGGAGAAGUUCGAGGCCCUGGGUGUGCCUGACGGAGCCACCUUCUGCGAGGAUUUCCAGGUGCCUGGGCGCAGCAGCCUGCGCUGCCUGCAGGACGCCAUAGACCACUCGGCCUUCACCGUCCUGCUGCUCACUGCCAACUUCGACUGCUGCCUGAGCCAGCACCAGCUGAGCCAGUCGCUGAUGAGCAGCCUCACGCGGCCAGGGUGGCAGGACUGCGUGGUCCCGUUCCUGCCCCUGGAGAGCUCCCUGGCCCAGCUCAGCCCCGACACGGCCAGCCUGCUCACCGGGCUGGUGUGGCUGGACGAGCACUCCCAGAUCUUUGCCAGAAAAGUAGCCAACACCUUCAAGCCUCACAAGCUGCGGGCUCGCAAGGCCAACUGGAGGAAGGAGCAGGACGCCCGCGCCCUGCGGGAGCGGCGCCAGCACCUGGAGGGUGAGCGGCAGCGGGCGGCCGCGGUGGGCGCUGCACACGCCACCUACGUCCAGACCUACGCGGCCUGGCAGGCGCAGAUGGAGCAGCUCCAGGCAGCUUUCGCGAGCCACAUGACAUUUGGGACCCAGUUGCCGUCUGGGGCCCCGGGGCCCCUGGGAGCCCAGCCACCCUUUCCUACCUGGCCCAGCUAUCAGCCACCACCCCUGCCUCCGUGGCUGGCUGGCACCCCCAGCCCAACCUUCCCGCAGCCUCCGGUCUUCCCGCAAGCCUCACCUGUGUCCCCUCAGAGCCCGGGGCUGCAGCCCCUCAUCAUCCACCACGCACAGAUGGUGCAGCUGGGGCUCAACAACCACAUGUGGAACCAAAGAAGGGCCCCGGCGCCCGAGGAUCAGACCCAGGAAGCGGAAUGACCGAGUGGCAAAGCCUGAGGACCUUGACCUCAGACCCGCUCCGGGCUGGAUCUUGGAGACCCCCCCACCCCCGUGUUCAGGGGGUGCAGUAGGAGAUGGGGUCAUCUGCUACUUUCCGGACAUGGCUGGGGACACCUCUGUGCCCCAGGAAAUGGUGCAAAAUGGGCCCCGAUGACUUUCUGGCUCUCGGGGAGGCCAGGAUUGGACCUGGUGUUGACAGACUGUCUGGAUGAUGGUGGCAGGGAAUGGGCCGGGGACAGCAGCACUGUGUUUUAAUGAUAAUAAAUAUUUAUUGAAUGUUUC